UUUUUUUUUUUGCCAUCCUUUAAAACCUUGACUGGUUUUCCCUUUUAUCCUUUUUUUUUUCCUUCUUCUUUUACCUAAAGAAAACAACAACUUCCAAAUCCUUUUAACUAUUUGAUCAUCCAUUGUACUCUUAUACUUUUCCCUGUACUCUAUUUCUUAUACCAUUUAUAUUCUACUUUAUUAUACCUCUUUAUAUCUAUUAACUUUACACCCAUAUACUUUAUUAGUUAACUUUUUAAAAAAAUAUACAAAACCAGCGAAAGGCGUGAACAAAAGAUUAUAAAAACCAAUCAAAACAAUCAUUUCAGGUAUAAUGGAUCUCAAGCAUAUAUUAUGUCAACCCAAGGACGAAUUUCCCUGUAAACCUACGAUCAGAUUGCCAACUCCCAACCUUUUGGAAUUGAAUGAAUGUAUUGAACCAGUGUAUCAAGAUAAUAGUGAUUAUUGGGAACGUGCAAGAUCCAUCAGUACCAGCAGUCUUAGCAGUUGUAGUAGUAGUACUAGUCGCAGUAAUAGUCUCAUCAAUGGUGGAAACAAUAGUUUAACCAACAGUCCUUUUCCAACAUCUCCUCGACAAAGGGUGCAAAGUGAACAUUAUCGUACUUCACCAGUAUUAUCAUGGGGUUACCAACAUCAUCAUCACCAUCACCAUCAUCAUCAUCAUCAUCUUCAUCCUUAUCAUUCUUAUCGGGAUGAAGUAUUGAUUGCUCCUCUUACUUCAUCUAUUUCUACUAAUAUGAUUGUGACGCCAACUUCAUCUUCUUCUUCUACAACAACAUCUUCUUCAUCUUCAUCCUCUACAAGUUCAUUAUCGUCUCCAGUGACACCUACCAUGUCAAGUACAUCUACUGCUUAUCAACGCCGUCGCCAUCGAUCUGCAUCUACAUCACAUGUCAAUCAUCAACAACGACCAUCUAUUACUCCUCAUGCAUCCACUUCAUCCACCAUGCCAAAUCAAAUUCAGACUCGCACUCCUUGGACACCAAUGGAAGAUGAAUUAUUACAAAAGGGUUAUGAACAAGGAUUAUCAUGGGCUAUGAUUUCUGCUACUCAUCUUCCUCAUCGUUCUCGUGGUUGCUGUUGGGGUAGAUUCAAAACACUUCAAAGUAAGAAUUUGGUGGAUAUCAAGGUACAACAACAAUCAAGAUUGGCAAAACGUGCUUGGAAAACAAUGGAUAUCAAAGAAACAUUUUACCAUUCAACACUUUAUCAUAUCCGGAUCCUGGCGAUUUCUUAUGUACUUCAUUUUUAGUUCAAAAACUGAUGCUGCU